UCCACGUGCCAAUUACAGUAUACAGUUCUGUUUUAGCCGCUAAAGUCAACGGCCUAUAGUGAAGUGGAUUCUGCCGGGCAGCGUCAACACUGACACUCGCCGGAAUCGUGCAUACGAUUAGUCUGGCCACCUUCAAACCGGUUUUCAAAACAAUACGGGAUAUAUCUAGCCACAGAUCAGCCGACGAGAUGCAUUCUUGUCUUCUCUAUCUGAUCGCAGAAUUCUUACGAGCACUCGACGGAGAAACUGUCAACAUUUCCAAUCGUAUCAAGCAUUCUCUACCGUAAAUUACAAUUUCUAUUAAGUAUUGUGAUAUACCCACAGUUUCGGCUGCACUAUUUUGAGUGCUGGAUUUACUUUCCUGUCAUUUUUGCAUCAUUAUCCGGACUGAUCAUGAUGGAAUCACUGGUGAAGCGGCAGAGUAAUAAACCAGCACAGACUGGUUCUCCUAUUACGUUCAACAGCGGCAAUGCCAGCUUUGAAAUCGAUCCCUAUCCCGGUUUCGCUACGCAUGCUAUCCAUUCGGGAUGGGAGCCGCCAGAGCUGGAGUCCGUUGGCUGGACACCAGUUGUACCUCCAAUUUGUCUGUCAACAACAUUUCGCCAGAAUGGUGCGGCUGGUCACCAGGGAUUUCAGUAUUCACGCUGGGGGAAUCCGACCCGGGAAUCCUUAGAGAAAACACUGGCAAAACUGGAAGAUGCGGAUUAUGCGUUGUGUUAUUCUACCGCCAUGGCCGUCGUGGCCAACGUGGCCCAUCUGCUGCGCAGCGGCGACGAGAUCAUCUGCAUGGACUGCGUCGAAUCCGACGUGCACCGCUUCUUCACCCUCAUCGCGCCGGACGGUGGUCUGGUGGUGAAGUUUGUCGACUGCACCGAUCUUCAGCAGGUGCAGGCCGCCCUGUCCGAACGCACCCGGAUGUUGUGGCUUGAAUCGCCUUCGAACCCCACCCUGCGAGUGGUGGACAUUCAAGCGCUGUCCACUUUGGUGAAGAACACCAACCACGACAUCCUGGUGGUGGUGGACAACACCUACAUGUCCCCGUACUUCCAGCAUCCGCUGGAGUUGGGCGCCGAUGUGGUGUAUCAUUCACUGGCCAAGUACAUCAACGGCCACACGGAUACCAUGGGCGGAUGUGCCAUGCUGAAUAACCACGAGAUCCAUGAGCGCCUGAAGUUCCUGCAGAUGGAAAUGGGCGCGGUUUUAUCCCCAUUCGACGCCUUCAUGGUGCAGCGCGGGGUGAAGACCUUGCAUCUGCGCAUGCAGGAGCACAUGCGCAAUGGACUGGCUGUGGCGCGCUUCCUGGAACUGAAUCCCUGCGUGGACAAGGUCAUCUAUCCGGGACUGGCCUCGCAUCCCCAGUACGAACUGAUGAAGAAGCAGUGCAAGGGCUACAGCGGCAUGCUGGCCUUUUACAUCAAAGGCGGGAAACAGGAGGCGUUGACGUUCACACGAAAUCUUCAUUUGUUUAUUGUGGCGGAGAGUCUGGGCGGUGUGGAGAGUCUCGUCAGCCAUCCCGGCACGAUGACCAUGCGGAAUGUACCGGAAGCCGACCGCAUUAAUCUCGGCAUCACCGACAAUUUUAUCCGCGUCUCCGUGGGUUUGGAGAAUAUCGACGAUCUCCUGCGGGAUCUGGAUGGAGCGCUGCGUGCGGCGGUUAUGCGCAACAAAACGGAAGACCGCCACAAUUUAGCGGCAUAAAUUAACGCAGGAUUAUCGGGAAUUGAAAUUGUGUGCUACGCGCUGAUUCUUCCAGUAUUUUACCUGUAACCUAUGGAAAUGGAUUGUCUUUUCGCUUUGAAGUGGUUUUAUGAUUUUAUUCGAGUUAUGUUCGAUAAAUGUUGUCGAACGACAAAUCGUUUAUUUACAGUCAUUGGAAGUUGUCGCACAUUUUAUCGGUGCUUCCUGUUUUGCUCCAGUUUUAUGGAGGUUUUAGUAUUGGCUUGUGCUCACUAAAGCUGAUUUACGUACUAGCUAUCUGUUGUCGGCUAUCGCGCACAUAUGAAUAAAUUAACUGUAUGUAAUAAAAUAUUAAUUUCAGAUAAUGGUUU